AUGAGCUUUGCAGCAUGGAACGUUAGGGGUCUCAAUUCCCCUGAAAAACAAACCGAAAUAAGGAAGCUCAUUAAUGAGCAUUCAUUACAUCUUUUAGCCAUCCUUGAAACAAAAAUUCAAGAGGCUAAUGUCACUGCCGUCCAUAUGAAGAUUGCUCCUUCAUGGAAACUUUUUCACAAUUACCCCCACUCUCCUUUGGGUAGGAUAUGGAUCUUGUAUAAUCCCAAGGUUCUGACUGUCCAUAGAAUGUCUGAUGGGGCACAACACAUUCAUUGUAGUGUGACUUCUAUUGAUGAUCAGAAACAUUUUUAUAUCUCAGUGGUAUAUGCUUACAAUACUGCCUUGCAAAGGAGAAGAUUGUGGUCUGACAUGGUUGUAUUGGCUUCUCUUAUGUGUCAAUCUCCUUGGUCAAUUAUGGGUGACUUUAAUAUCAUGAGGCACUUUAGGGAGACUUUUGGUGGCUCUGGUAGAUGGAAUAGUGGUAUCAUUGAAUUCAAUGAGUGCAUCCAUAGUGCUGAGCUCUCUGAUCUUAGGUACUCUGUCAUUAGGUUUACUUGGACCAAUAAAAGUCCUGGAGUAGCUAACAUAACCAGGAAACUUGACAGGGGGUUUUAUGUAAUGAUAUGUGGUCAUCCUCAUUUCCUCUUUCCUGCUGUGGUCAUGAAGCUGAAAAUGCUCAAGUGCAAGUUGAAACAACUCAAUAACAAGGAGUUUAGUGAUUUAUCCAAUAGAGUGUUGGCUGCUAAGGAUGAGCUUCAAAAAUGCCAAGUUAGACUGGAUGAUGAUCCAUCUAAUGAAGGGAAAGCUAGGGUUAACUGGCUGAAGGAUGGGGACCAAAAUACAUUAUUCUUUUUGAAAACUUUCAAUAACAAGUGCAACAGGAAGAAAAUUAGUAGGCUCACUUUAGCAAGUAGGGAGAUCACUGACUCUAUCCUAGUCAUCAAGGAUGAAGCAUUGAGGUUCUUCCAAGCUAUUCUUGGAAAUAAUACUGGUCCCUACUUUGGUUCCAGUCCACUCAUGAAAACUAUAGCAAGUCCAUCCCUGAGUCCUUUAUUGCUAAUCUCAUUAGCAUCCCAUCUAUGGAGGACAUCAAACAGUGUUUCUUCUCUCUAA